GGCAGCAUGGUGGAGCAGGAGGGGAACGCGGUGCCCGGCGACCGGCCAGAGGCUGGUGCGGGGGUCGCCGGUACUAAGAGGUUACUUCAGCAAAACCGUGAGUUCCUCGACUUCUUCUGGGACAUCGCCAAACCUGAGCAGGAGGUGCGGCUGAGUGGCAUCAGUGGACUGCUCGAGUACCUGAGGAGCAGCGAGGGUGACGAGCUUCAAUAUGCGCUCAAGCGACUCAUUGAGGGCCUGGCAGCAACUCGUGAAACGGCUCGUCCUGGCUUCAGCUUGGCCCUGGCACAGGUCCUGCAGUUCAAUGAGAAGAUCCCUCUGCAAGCAGUCCUGAAGCAGAUUAAGAUGAAACAUGAUAUUACGAAAACCAAAAAGAAACUCAUCAGAAAUGCUGCGUUUGGAAACUUCUUUGGUGUCUUGGCACUUUCACAAUCUGGAAGAUUAUUAAAGGAGCCUGAUGUUCUCUUGGAGUCAGUCCGACUGUUGCAAAGUCUCAGUCAAUAUAAGCAGCACCUCCGGGAUCUGCCGGGGAAAACUAUUGUGGACAUUCUAUCUGAGACACCAGAAAAUGUUUUUAAGAAGAUUCUGUUUGAAGCCUUAAAAGAUGACAUGUCGUCUGCUCUCAGCACCCCAUCGCAGUUGCAUUUGCUCUUGGUGGCUCUCCAACGUUUCCCAAAUGUUCUGAAGCCUCAGAAUCUGAAAACCUUGCUUGGAUCCUCUACUAUUUUGUCAUCAGGGAAUAUCCCCAAGUUAAUUGAGUUGUUGAAACUUGCUGCUAAGUCUGUGAGGAAGGAUCAGACUCUACCGCCACUGGCCAUGGAUCUGGUGCGUGUUGCCUUACGUGAGGGCACUUUUGAAAGAUUUUGGAAGGAACUAGUGGAAAAUGGCUUGCUCAAAGACCAUUCAGGGCCCACCAGUUAUCUGUGUUUCCGGUUACUUGGUGGUACGUUACCAUUGCUAAAUCUGUCUCAGCUCAACCUUGUUCUCACAGGAGAAGUGAUGAAGCACUAUGGGGACCAUGUGGUUUCAGCCCAGCUACAAAAACGGUUCAGAUUUGCACCUGAAAUGGAGAAGUAUGUUGAUUCAUUUCUUGAAAGCACCCAGGAUGAGGCAAAGCAGUUCAUGGUGAUAAAGGGGUUCUCAUGCCUCACUAACAAUGGCCAUCCCGUUAUUCCCAGCUAUUGGAAGGUAGUUUGUCAUCUACAGUCUUCAGUUUUGUUGAAGUACGUCGAUUGGUUGAAAAGCAUGUUCAUCAGCCCAGACUUGGACAGCUGCAUAGACUUCAGCACCAAGCGACAGAAAGAGAACCAACAGGCAGCUGACCGAACUCAACGCUCAGUGAUGCGACUGAGGACGUGGAUUGUUGCACGUUUGAUCUCAAUUGUAGAGAACAGUCAAGUGAAGAAAGAGGAGGAUCUGGUGAUGGAUAUUGCCAGGUUUAUUUUCUUCCAUGGUUUCUUUGGAGCAAAACAUUAUGCACCUGACAUCCCAGAGACCGAAGUCAAGCUGACUGUUGCCCUGGAUGAAAACACACGGGAUACGAUUUCAAACGCCUUCUUUGGUCUCUUGAACCAUCUGAAUUCCCUGCCUCCACUGGGUGACUCUGCAGAAUUGGGAGACAGGAACGAGAAGCGUGUGUUGGGGAUCACAGCGGAUGGGAAUCUGUGGAUCUACUGCUUGGUUCAAUAUGCAAAUGUCCUAUUGUCACAGGAAAGAUCUGUCCGAGCUGUCAAACCCUUCACGCAAAAGCAGAGAGAAGCCUGGGACCGAAUGCUCCAGUCCGUUGAAAAUCUGCAGAAAAAAUCAAAAGCUGCUCAGAAACCAGAGGCCUCAGCCUUCCAGCUGCUCUUCCUGCUUGUAGGCAUACAGCUCUUCAAGGUUGGGGAGGAUUCUCUAGAGUUAUUAAGUGACCUGCACAAGUGUUUGGAGAAGUGGGAGAUGAAGAAAACUAAAAAGUGCUCAAAACGUCUAUCAAAAAAGGAAGAGCCAGAAUGGGUAGAGGUUGUGGUUGAAAUCCUACUGUCCCUUCUCUCCCAAACAAGUCGUUUGAUGCGACAAGUCUCAAAGAUGGUGUUUAUGCGGAUCUGUCCCCACGUGACUAAGGAAGCACUGCAGCUCAUCCUAGAUGUCUUUAACCCAGCAACUGAAGAAGGUGAAGAGAGUGCCUUGAUAGUAACCGAAGACUUUGAGAAGCCUCAAACAAAAGUUGACUCGUCAAAUGAAGAUGAGGUGGAGAGCAACAGUGAUGAAUCAGAGGAGGAGGAAGAUGAUGAUGCCGAUGAUGAUAGUGAUGAUGACAAAAGUGGUAGUGAGGAGGAGAGUGAAGGGGAGGAAGCUGUUGAUGAAAAUUUUCGCAUGGAAUUGAUGAAGGUCCUGAAGACAGCAAACAUAAUGUCCAAGGAGGGUGAGAACAGCAGUGACGAGGAUGUGGAUGAUGAAACAAUGAUGGCAUUGGACAAAAGUAUCGCCGCCCUGUUCUCUGAACGCAAGAAACGACUUCAGGCUGCAAAAGAUGAGAAGGAAAAGAUGGUGAAAGAGAAGACGCUACGGAAAAAUUUUAAAAUAAAGGUCCUGGACCUCAUUGAAAUUUUCCUUGCGAAGCAGCCCGAGAAUCCACUUGUUUUUGAUAUCAUUGAGCCUUUGAUUGCGAUCAUUGAAGAAAACCUGAGCUCUCAUUCAAACCAGCAGGAGCAAGACUACAUCCGCAAGGCUGCAGAAAUUUUCAAGAAUCAGCUCUGCAAAGCCAAGAGCUACUGCCAAGACAUCUCAGAGAUGAAGGAGGACUUACACAAGUUGAUGGAGCGAUUGAUGACUCAAGCCUCCAAGCAAGCAGAUUCUUCCGUGUCACUUUACUACUUCAGUGGAGCCCUUUAUCUCUUCAGAGUUCUGAAAGGGAAAACGAUCAAACCAGCUGUAACUGGCAGGGGUGAAGAUAAGGAAAAAUCUGAAACUAGACAGGUUGAUUCAUUUGGAAACUUGGAUAUUAACCGAGUGACUGAACUUUAUCAGAGUGCACUGACCCAGUUUAUGACCAGAAGGAAGAGUUCCCUGACUGGGUCUAUGUUCAUCGAUCUCUUCAGUCGUUUUCCUGUCAUGUGUAAUCGUUUAUUGCCACUUGCCAUUGUGUCCAUCACUGAUGGAGUUAGGGAACACCAGCGGGGUCAGGCCUGCUGUCUUGUCCUGAAGGCUCUGCAGUGUUCAGAGGUGAGACAAUCUUUCUCAGGCAGCAAGUGGAACGAGCUCAUCGCUGAAGUUAUUAAUCAAGUCAAACAGUGUUUGAAGACGGUGACUUCUGUCAAACUAAAGGUGGAGCAGGAAGAAGUGAGAAAAUGCUUGGAGUUGGCCCAUUUCCUUAUCAAGACUGUCACUCAACAGAAGCUCGAUAUCUCAGUAACCGAACUGAUUCCUGUCCUACAGUCACUGGAACAGCUGGAGGAUUUUGGCAAAAUCUCCCAAUUGUACUGGCAUAUAAUGCAGCUUCUUGGAUUCAACAAACCAAAGAAAGAGAAGAUAAAGGCACAGCUGCCAAGUCCAGUAGCAGCAGAGGGAGCUCCAAAGAAAAAGAAGGGAUUUCUCCCAGAAUCCAAGAAACGGAAGAACUGGAAGAAAAAGAAAAUGCCAACCCAAGAGAAUGAGCGGACAGGGAAAGAAAACCCUGAAGGGAAAUUGGAUGAGGUUCCAAAGACCACAGGUGAAAAUGUGGGCAAAAGGAAAAACAAAAAGAAGAGGAAGAAGAAUCCAGGUGGGAAAGUGGCAGGCAAUUCAGGGACAAACCAGGAACCCACAGCUAAAAAGCCGAGAAAAGGUUUGAAGAAGACAAGCCAUAUCAAUUAGGUUUGCUAAUAGGCAAAGGUGAAGAGGGAAAAUCAAAGAAAACAAGGAGGCAGAGCAGGGGGGUAAUUGUUGAGAAAAUUGUAAAUGAAGAGUGAAAGAAGAUUGAUUCCAGACUUUCUUGGACAUCUCCACCACUUGUUUGAUAAUUUUUAAAUCAAAAUUUUAAAGUAUGUUUCCUUUCUUGGAAUUCGAUACUCAACUGGACUUGGUCUACCUUUAACAUUUUAAGCACAUGAGUGCUAAACUGAGUGGAUAGGGGAUUUGGCUGUGCUUUUGUCUUCCCCUCCGAAAAUAUUUUGUUCAUAUUGGACUUUUUAAAAUAAAGAGUGGUUAUUAUCUUAAUCUGCUCCCUGUU